CGGCGGCUCAUGAAGGAGCUGCAGGACAUCGCGCGCCUGAGCGACCGCUUCAUCUCGGUGGAGCUGGUGGACGAGAGCCUCUUCGACUGGAACGUGAAGCUGCACCAGGUGGACAAGGACUCGGUGCUGUGGCAGGACAUGAAGGAGACCAACACCGAGUUCAUCCUGCUCAACCUCACCUUCCCCGACAACUUCCCCUUCUCGCCGCCCUUCAUGCGGGUGCUCAGCCCGCGCCUGGAGAACGGCUACGUGCUGGACGGCGGCGCCAUCUGCAUGGAGCUGCUCACGCCGCGCGGCUGGUCCAGCGCCUACACCGUGGAGGCCGUCAUGCGCCAGUUCGCCGCCAGCUUGGUCAAGGGCCAGGGACGGAUCUGCAGAAAAGCCGGCAAGUCAAAAAAAUCCUUCAGUCGCAAGGAAGCCGAAGCUACCUUUAAGAGUUUGGUGAAGACUCACGAAAAAUACGGCUGGGUCACCCCGCCCGUGUCCGAUGGCUGAGGAGCCCCCAGCCUGCCGGCGAGCCGCCCGUCCACACAUCCACGCCCAGCCACCUCCAUGCCGCUCACCCUCCAUCCUUUUCUACUCCAGCCAGAACUGCGUCCUGAAUGCAAAGGACACCUUUAAGUUAUUUAUGAACCGAUGUGUUUACAGAGAGAACGGGUCCGGAUUGGAUUUCCAUGAUAAGUGAUCGAUCAUCUCUAGAACAGGUGUGGCCAGGGUGCGGUUCCCAGCCGCCGGCCCUCCCCCCACCCUGCCCCGUUGCCCUUAGCUUCUCUCCACGACAGCAGCUCCAGUGAGUCGGCGGGAAUCUCACAACCCCUGCUUGCUCCAUCGCCAUGCCCUGGCGCCGUCCAGCUCUCCUGGGAGCGCUGUGCAUCCUGGGCACCGCUGGUGCCCAUGUGCUGUGCUCGGUGUCUGUUUCUCUUCCUGGCAGGUCAACGUCACUUGAAGACAUGUCUUUCUUCCCGUGGCCUGGAGUCUGCUAGGAUGACAUUUAGACUUCAUUUGUGCUCUGCACUUUGGCUCGUGAAAACUCAGAUCUAACAUUGCCAGACCCUAGCGAUUUCAAAUUGACAACUGCCCGCUCGGUCAAACCGUGCUCUCUCGUGCUGAUUUUGUGGUGUGCUGCUGUCCUCAGCUAAAUCAGUGCCAUUCGAUGAGAUUCGGGGGGUGCAGAGGCCCCAGGGGUGGUGGGGGGGGACAGGAUGUCCCCACGGGAUCAGAGGAGAAAGAACUUCAGAGAGUAGGAAAUGAUCCCACGAUGGCGCGUUUGUGUCCCUGCCUUCUCUCAACCAUCCAAAGCAAAAGACAAUUUCCCAUUCACUGCGGUCAUCUGACUCAUCUUAUCACCUGUGCUUCGUGACAGGGAACACCAGAACUGCCAAGGACACCAAGUGACCCUGCGAGGAUUUGCAUGACCGGGUCUGUUUCUUCACCCAGUAGUCUCUUGUGUGCCCCGAGGUCGAGAUAUGAGCACCCUCACUGUGUACAAUUCCUGUUAUUUAAUCUCUCCACUGUGUCAUUUUUCUCUUCUGUUAAGUUACCUAGACCUUUCUGAGAAACUCCAUGAAAUGAGGAAAUGCUGUUUAUAAUAACAUACAGAAAGAGGUAAAAUGUUCAUUCCAAGUGGAAAAAAAAUCUUAUUGGACACAUUUUAAAUAAAAUCAUGCAUACCUGAC